AUGGCAAAAUCAGACAAGAAAGCCGUCAAGGUCGACAAGAAGGUUGAGAAGGCCGACAAGAAGGCAAAAUCUGCCGACUCGAAGCCAAAAGCUGAGAAGCCAGCCAAAGCUGCGACACCAAAUAAGCCUUUGUCGACAAAAGAGAUUUUGUCCAAGGUCAAUGGCGCUAAAAAGGCUGAUAAGAAAAAGGCCGACGCCCUAGCCCCAUCGAAAUCGAACGGCAAAGCUAAGGAGCCCUCAUCUGAUGAGGACAGCGAAAGCAACUCUGAAGACGAGAAGCCAAAGGCUGCUCAGAUCCAAGCUGCCAAGGCAGCUGAAUCUUCGUCUGAUAGCGACUCCGAUUCGGACGACGACGCACCCGCCCCUCCACCCAAAAAGGCUGCUGUCUCAAAACCUGCCAAGGCCACUCCAGCCAAAGCUAUUCCCGCAAAGGCUGCUGCUCAAGCCAAGAAGGCAGACUCUUCCUCCUCCUCAGAGUCUGAUUCCGAGUCCGAGUCCGACAAAAAGCCUGCUCCUACCACCAAGGCUGUUAAAUCAAAAGCCCCCAAACCUGUAGCUGCGAAGGCUGCCAAAGCACCAUCGUCAGAGGACUCGUCGGACGAUUCAUCAUCAGAGGACGAGGCACCAGCGAAACCUACACCUGCAAAACUCGCCGCCACUAAGGCACCGGUACCUUCGUCAUCUUCAGACUCAGACUCAUCGGAUGAGGAAGAAACAAAGCCUACCCCUGCCAAAAAGACUGCACCGAAGGCUACGGCUGCUAAAAAAGACUCCAGCGACUCUGAUUCCGACUCUUCCUCAGAAGAUGAACCAGCCAAGUCAACGACUGCGGUCAAGGCGAAGCCGUCAGACUCUUCAGACGAAAGUUCUGACGAUGACUCGGACGUGGAGAUGGGCGAUUCUACAAAGGCAAAACCUGCCGUUGUUACAAACGGCAAGCGAAAGGCCGACGACGAGGCCGCUGCCCCUCCCAAAAAGAUAAAGAUGGCCAAUGGUGAUGCAGCCCCAGCUGGAGACGCUGAGGGCGAGACGAAGACGGUCUUCGUCGGCCAGCUCUCAUGGGGUAUUGAUGAUGAUCAGCUCGCCGAGGCGUUCGCCGAAUGCGGCGAGAUCAUCAGUGCCACCGUGCAGAGAGACCGCAAUACCGGGCACUCGCGUGGAUUUGGCUAUGUCCACUUCGCUGAUGCCAGUGCAGUGGAGAAGGCUCUUGCCUUGCACAACACGGAGCUCGACGGGCGCGCUAUUAAAGUCGAUAAGAGCCAGGAGCUUGACAAGUCGAAGCAGCGCGAGAACCGAGCGAAGGCGUUUGGUGAUUCCGCCAGCCCUCCGUCGCAAACGUUGUUCGUGGGCAACUUGAGCUUCGGUGUCUCAGAGGAUUCGUUGUGGGAGUUCUUCGCAGAGUAUGCCUCCGUGAAGAACGUUAGGCUGCCUACAGACCGGGAGACAGGGAAGGCCAAGGGCUUCGGAUAUGUGGAAUUCGACGACGUUGAGUCGGCGACGAAGGCAUACGAGGGGGCAAAUGGGCAGGAGAUCGAGGGUCGUAGCAUAAGACUCGACUACUCGCAACCCAGGGAUAACAGCGGUGGCGGCGGCUUUCGUGGCGGUCGUGGUGGCGGACGUGGCGGAUUCGGAGGCGACCGUGGGGGACGUGGUGGAGGACGUGGUGGUCGUGGUGGGUUUGGCGAUCGAGGAGGACGCGGCGGCCGUGGCGGGUUCAGUGGACGUGGUGGAUUCGGUGGCGGUGACCGUGGCUUUGGAGACCGCGGCCGUGGGCGGGGACGAGGCGGUCCUCCCCGUGGUGGUGCCCGCACUGGUGGCAUCGCUUCGUUUGAAGGCAAAAAGAUCACCUUCGACUAA